GGGCUAUAUUGUCCACAUUUUUAUUGACCACACUUAUUUACUUUAGAAAGUCGUGCGUAUUGAAUGGCUGUAGACAUCGCGUGACAAGAAGUACAUGCGCGAAGCGCAAUUUAACGAUGCUCUCUCGCUUCACGUCCAUCAGUCCUGUCAUCUCCUCAUCAUGGGAAUUUAUACGGGAAACAAACAAGAUUUGAAAAAAGAGACGUACAGAGCAGAAUGGUUUGUAGAAGGUGUCACACAGGAAUUUUACUGUUAGCGCCUUUAUACGUUUGUCUUGUCUUCAUUGGAUUCUUUACGUUUAUUUUUUCGCGAACACGACGUCCGGAUAUAAGCAAACAAAUUAAUAAUCAAGAUCUUGACCCGAACAAGCCAGUGACUGAACCUCUCCAAAAUGCGACUUUCAAUUCAACGAUAACUCCUGGUGUGUUAAAUUUGCACGUCUGGAAAGAUCUGUGCGGCUUGGAUGUCGAUCGUCUUCGCGAAACGCCGCUCUUUCCUCUUCAUCCGCAUCAAAGAUUGUUCCUUAGAAGGUUCCAAAUCACCCAGAACGUGGACAAUUAUGGCCAGAGAAUUUUUGGUUUUAUUCGACCGAAAGUUUCGGGACUUUAUACCUUUGCAAUUGCCUCGGAUGAUACUUCUGAAUUAUGGCUUAGUUUCGACGAAAAACCAUCCAAUCUUCGUCUUAUAGCGAGCGUGUUUUCUUCGACGUCCAGCGCCUGGACAGAUGAUGGGGUCUUUUCAAAAUAUCCAAGUCAGCAAUCGAGAAACAUUCGUUUGAUCGCGCGCAAAAAAUAUUUCGUGGAGGCAUUGCAUAAACAAGAUAAGGGCAAUGGCCACCUAAAAGUGUUUUGGCGCCGACCAGGCUCGCUGAGACUUGAAUCAAUUACAAGCGAGUAUUUACAAUCAUAUUUUGAUGAUGGAAAUUUGAACAGAAGUGGUUUCGUGACACCAGAAAAUCUUGAGGCGCUUUCGUCGACACCAAGCCACGUGAAACAACGAGAAUAUAAAGGACUUGAUUUGAUUGCUCAGUUCAACUACUCAUCUCUGCCGAUAAUUGACACUUUGAGCGGAAUUUUACCUUCGUGUGCUUACAAACCGAGCUACAUUAUUAAAAGAAACUUAAGUCGAUACGAAGGAGUGGAUUUAGUUCAUGAUUCUGCUGUUUUCCCGGACGAUAACACUAAUCUUCGCGAAGCGUUUGUUUCUCGAUCGAAGAGGAACAAAGAAGUGGCAAAAGAAACCGUAAACUACGUUGUAGAAAAAUUUAUGACAAGCUUACAAAAUUUCUACAGGUAAGAUUGAAAAUGUUAACAUUGUUCAAUAUUACACGUACUGUUUAACAAGGAAUUAAUCAAAAAACAAUAACUUGUGUGCUGACCUUGACAUUGUUUAAUAUUAUUUAUUAAUUUUAUUUUAAACUAACGAUAUAUUUGAUAAAUUAAAGAUGUACAUUUUUUAACAGGCUGCAUUGUUCUAAAAUUAAUCAUUUUUUUCUGUUUUUCACUGCAUCAUUAGCCCCAUGCAGUUGAUAACAUAAACAAACUAAACAGCGUGAUUAUACUACAAAAAAUGAUUUGGCUGUUGAAAUGCUUCAGACGCGGCUGUGAUUGCAGGCGGAGUUACAAAAGAUUAAAACAAUGAUCAGUAAAAGAAACGAAUACCUGAAGAAAACAACACUUGGAAAAAAUAGCGACAUCCAAAAAGCUUACGAUCAGUUCAUGACCCAAACCUUGAUUUCUCAAACUCUCUAACAAUUUAAACAAAACCUGACCUUCUUUUUACCUAGUCAAACUACAAAGGUUUAUUCCUAUGUUUUCAAACAUCCUAAUAAUUCAAAUGAAAUCAGUAUAGAUUUCAAACAAACCAAAUUGAUCUGAAACAUUGGUGACAUGUGGAACACACGGACUACAACAAUAUUACAUCAGUCUUCACACUAAUAUUAAUUAUUCAUAUUGUCACAGUAUCAGCACUAUGUGUGACUCGCAGCACUUAAGAAACAGAAACCACCAACGACAUCAAAUCCGAAAAACCCCUUGCAUUUUUGCCAAAAAUUCGAAAACAAGGUGCUAAAAAACAGAAAAUAUUACCUCAAAGUUUUCUGUGCAAAACGGAGCUAACAUAUGGCCUAAACUUAAGAAUUUAAAAUUCCAAUGCCUCCCUUCCUCUUGUGAUAAAAGGGCAAUUUUUGGUGUAGUUUUUUGGUUUUAUGUAGACCCCAAUCCCCCGGGGGGAGGGACUUCCAUAUAAAAGUGACAGGGAUGCUCAUCGUCUCGCUUUGGGGUGUAGAUUGCAGAUUUUGGUCUCACUUAGGCCGUUUGCAAUGGAAUGUCACUAUAUUUGCCCAUUCAGGUAUCGCUGAGUACUGAUCAUAAAGAAAUUUACAAAAAAUGCCCUGACACUGACCACACAGAAAUCUCCCUUAGGGGGUCAGUAUAAGCUUGAGCCAAACCCACAUUGGUCUCCCUUCGGGAUUAAAUUUGAAUUUUCCGACGAGUAUCCCUGUCACUUUUGUAUGGGAGUCCCCUCAGGCCCAAUGCCCCCCCCUUCCAGGAGGUUUUUUUGCUAAAGGGAUAAAUCUUGGUAUUAUGGAAAUUAUUGCUAGUUAGUAAGUGCAUGUUAGAUAUCAUCUUUAAUAUCUACAUACUUUGUAUCUGACUAGGCUGUUUGUUUUUACAGUGAAUACUAUUUACAGAAAAUCUUAAAUAUUGAGCAGAACCCUGAUUCCAAGAAGGGGGACCGUUUUCUCAUUGAGCUUCAGUUAGGGGUAACUGGAUCAAACCAAAGUUUUCGUGCUUCAGAGUAUGUAUACCUACCAAAAGGGCAGACUGAGCUUUGCUUUCCAGAAGGAAUGAAAUGGCAGAGAAAUGCGACUGUGUACUUUAUACUCCCUGUCAAGAAUCAGGGUAAAUGGGUCCAUCACUUUGCAUCUCAACUUGCCAACAUGUCCCUGAUGACUGGAGACUUCAACUUCCACGUCAUCAUUAUUGAUUUUGAAAGUGAAGACAUCAACAUUGAGAAAGUUUUUGGUGCGUGGCCACUACAAGACAGAUAUACUUUGAUUAAGAUGACAGGACCCUUCUACAAAACGUUGGCUUUACAGGAAGGUGUCAAAGCUGUUCCAAAUGAUUUGGAUAUAGUAUUUCUUUUUGAUCUCCACAUUGAUGUUCCAAUAGGAUUACUGGACUGUGUAAGAAAGGUGAGUUCUCAAGAUUCUUAUUAAGGUUAAAGGUUUGUUUAAAAGUGCACUUAACUUAUCCAGCUACUUUAAGCCCCGUGCAAACGGACGCAACAUUGUUGGCCAACAACUCCCAACAUUGUUGGAUGUUACAUGUUGCGUCCGUUUGCACACCCGGCCCUGUUGCAUGUUGUUGGAUGUUGUUGCGUGUUAUUGCGCAAAGUUUGAAACCGGUCAAACCUUUCAGCCAACAACUCCCGACAUUUCUUUUGUUCCGUGAUCGCCGAAGCAUAGCGCAACAAUGUUGCAUCCAUUUGCACAGCUCUUCCAACAUUGUUGGGGCCACGCACACUCAUUACACAUGGUUUCCAAAGAUUUAUGGGUUGUAUCCUUCUCACGAUGCACUGCAGGUCCCAACAUUGUUGGGAGUUGUUGCAUCCAUUUGCACACCACUGCCAACACGCAUGCAACAACUCCCAACAUUGUUGACGCAACAAUGUUGGGAGUUAAUGCGUCCAUUUUGCACGCAGCCUUAGAAUACAGGAACUCCACUCAAAUAAUAAGCAAGUAAUCCAAUUAGAACAUAACUGGAUUAAAAAACCCCAACUGGCAGGUGGCAACCAGUUGGCUAUUUACUAGCAUGGCAGAGGAUUUGAACUUGAGAUGACGGAGAACAAAUCCACACUUUUAAGCCAGUACAGUGUAAGUGUUACAUUUCACGUCUGCUAACAUGAUGGGGUAGACAGAUGUGUCCGUAUGAACUAAAAGCAAUUUCUUGGAUGUUUAGAUAACCAAAUUUUCUUGCCUUUGGUGCCCUGCUGCAUGCACUGCACUUUCGGAGAGCUCCACUUGAUAAGCAGAGAUGCUAACCUCUGGAGGUCUAAAAUCUGGGGACUCUCUCUUUUUUGCUUUAAUCCAACCCCCCCCCCCUUUCCAUGUGUUGUGUGUUGUAAACCAUGCCUGGUUGUGUCUCAGGACAUGAUGCAGACAGUCUUACAUAAGUUACAGACCAUCAAAAUUCGGUUUUACGAUUAUAAUGAUAAAAUAAUCAGUGCCAGUGAUGAAAAUCAAUGCAUAUAAAAAAAUGCCGCAGAAACUGUACUAGAAAUCAAAACAAUUUCAUUGACAAAUUAUGGGGGGAAAUGGGCUAAUUUCCAAACUAAAGCAAAAAAAAAAACUCAAAAACCUAAUUUUCACUUCUUUUUUUAAAAAAAAAACAAUAUUAGUAUUCAGAUCUCUAUAUCACUGAACCACCAAAAAUCUAAUAAUAAUAAUAAAAACCUGCUAUUCUACAGCAUUUCUGUUUUCUGGAACAGAGUACUGAUUUAUUUUAUAUGUCUGGCAUAGACUAGGAGGUGAAAAGCCUCAUAACAAGACAAUUAAAAUUGUUGUCUUUUCAGUACACUGUUGAGGGCAAGGUGGGGUAUGCUCCUGCAGUUGCCAGAUUAGAGUGUGGUUUUUUCCCACAUGAUCCACGUGGUUUUUGGCAAGAAAAUGGAUAUGGACUUUUAAGUGUUUUCAAAGUUGACUGGGACAGAUUUGGUGGUAAGUAUGAGAGUUGUCACUUGGGGAAGGAUACUCCCAGUUAUGGGCAGUACCAGUGGGGUAUGUGCCACUCAACAAGGUAUGCUUUCUUUUCAUGUCUGAAUCUAGAGCAGGAUAUCAAAAUCACCCUUUAUCUCUGGAAGAGGUGUGUUUUUUUUAGCACAUUUUGACUCUAGUCAAUGGGGUUGAUUUUUCCCCUUUAUUACAUCCACUUUGAAAUCACUGGUGAUCCAUGCAAUCUGAUUGGCUCUGUGUGAUUUAUUCACUAAUCACACCAUUUUCUGCGCUAAAUCACAUCUUUUUCUCAGCCAAAAAAAAAGGAACACUAAAACAGCACAACCAAACAGAUUUCAAAUCUUGUUGAAAGAAACAAAUCAAAUUUCUGGUGAAAUGGAUGUAAAAAAGAGGCCCUGCCAGGGGGGGGGUCCCAUGUCACCCAUCUGAAUUUUAAAACGUCUCAUGUCGGUGUUUAUUAACGCUUGUCGCUUAUUGUCGGCUUUGCCGUCACUGUCGCAAUUUGGCCAAGGGAGGUUGUCUCUUGUCACGAUUUCACUUUAUGCGCUGUCACUACUUUUUGGGCCAUGUCGCUUGUUGAAAUUUACCCUGGCACGGCCUCAAUAAAGUGGCAAUUGAACUUUGCAAUUUUGGUCUGGAAUCAUUUUUGCACUCUACUCAGUUCAAUUACCAUUACUAAUCUCUGAUUAUUGUCCAUCAAGCUUUGGUGCGAAAAUAUGCCCCCUUGUUGUCUUAUCACUGCCAUUCAUUAACCAAAAGUAAAAACAAAACAAUACAAUCAUUACUAGGUUGACCAACCACGCCUCCUUACCUAGAUUGCAGACAAAUCUACACUGUCAGUAUGGAAUUUUGAGGGAUAAAUCGCAGAUGUCUCUCCUACAAAACGCCCAUGGUGGCAAGGAGCAAUAUGUAUAUUUCACAGGCUAGGUUCAUGUAAACAUGAUUCUAUAUCUCUCAAUACUCUAUUUUUCCUCCUCGCUUUUUAGGAAUGAAUGUAAAAGAUUUCACUACAAAAUGGGGCGGUGAGGACUGGGAUUUGCUUGAUCGGGUGCUCUCAUCUGGACUGGAGAUUGAACGACUCAAACAACCUGGCCUGUUUCAUUAUUACCAUUCUCAUUCAGGGAUGUGGCAAACAUAGUUUGGAAUUGCAGUCAGUGAAUACAAAGUGAUAUUACAGGCUCUCAUUGGUUACUUUGAGGUCACAUGACAUCUAACAGUAAAACUGUUUCUUGCCAAAAUCUCUGAGCUGGGAACAUUGCAAAAUCUAUGACAUCAGAGGGUAACAGUGCACUGUUACCUGCGAAUGUUAACUGACAACCACCAUUAUAUUGCAGCCAGGUUUCAUGAAUUUCCAGCUUUAUACUGUAACAAUUCACUUAAAGACCGGUCCCUCAGAAAACAGUUGUUUUUGUUUCCCUCAGGACUAGUCACUAAGUAUUUAUUAUUAAUAUUUGUUUAUUCAUUGUUCAAUAGUUAUUGAGUGAUGAUAGUCCAUUUUCGAGUUCGCUAUGACCGCUGAAUUAAAGAAGUGAAGAUGCAUUUUUGACAGCCUUAGCCUCCAUCUGAAGUAAUAUAUUCACAAAUUCCAACGAGAAAAAGGACCUGUUUAUUACUCUGUCUAUUGUGUAUAUUCAAAUUUCAAACACUUACUUGCCAGAAUUUCUGAAUAUUUUACUUUACGUCAAGGCUAACACUGUAUGAAUGUGUCGUUAAUGUUUGUAUUCAGUGGUAAUUUUAAUUCAAAACUGGACUAUUAACUAGCAGAUUAUUAAUUAGUCAAAACAGCCUUAUCCUAACAUAGCAUAUGAAGGUUUUCAUGGCACAAUGGUCAUCAUUUUACAGGGUUCCAAUGUAUUAUGAAGAUGAUAUAUCUCAGGAAGUGUCCUAUUUCCUCUUGUUUCUAAUAGCACCCAAACUCUCAAAUAGGAAAAAUCAUUAUAGAUUUUUAUUAUAUAAUCUUGCAUUGGCCUUCUAUGAUAAUUAGCAGUGUUAAGUUAAAAAAAAUGCUGAUAACAGAUGUUUCAGCAGUAUUUAUUUCAAACAUUGUAACAUCUUUGAAUUAUUGUCGGGUUUCAUCUGGAGCGAAUCUAAACCCAGAACCUCAUGCAUGACAUGCCUUAAGAUUGACUCUGC